AUGGUGACAAAGGAAGCAUCGCGGUUGUGUGGGAUAAUUUUAGAGAAUGAUUUUGGAGCUGUAGUGGCCAAAGUUGGUCAAACUGUAUUAGAAUAUGGUAGACUACCGCUACCGUUGAUAUCGCGAUAUGCAGAAAUUAAAGCUAAACAAGUUAGAGCUGCAUUGCUUAUUCUAAUUCAACAUAACUGCAUGUGGCAUUGUCAAACUGAUAACGAUGAGUUCUUUGAAACGAACGCAGACGAAAUACUGGCAAGGAUUAGAUUUGGGAGAUACAUUAGAUACGCUAUAGACAGCUAUAAAGAUAAGCUAGAAAGUAGAUGCGCCGGUGAGAUGAUUACAACCGUCUUGCUCAAUGGAAAACUCCGAUCUGGCGACAUCUUCGAGAGGAUGCCAGCAGAUAUCGAUGAGACUACGAUGAAAAAGGUCCUUGUACAGUUCCUUAACACCGCUGCAUUCACCAAAUCAACGCCAAUCAUGCAUGUUAGCCCUAGAGACAAAACAUUGCUCUAUGAGAAGGAAAUAAAAGACACCACAUACAAGAAAUCUGACAUUCUUGGUCCCAAAGAUAUAAAAAAGAUUAAGGAGCUUGCACAGGCUAGACUUCUCCAGGAAUUGCAGGUAGAACGCGGUGAAGUCCUCGAAGAUGGUACUCGCGCUGGUAUGAAGCGUAAGAAAUCAUCAAGCAAACGUGGAGAAGACGUUAUUACAUUCGACGAAAAUGCUUACUUUCGUGUAAACUACGAACAUUAUAACGUUAGACUGAGGAAUAGACUUAUCGCCGCAGAAGCAGCCAAACGCUGGAACGAACAAUCAGGGUUUAUCAUGGAAGCCUUCCUUCGUGCAACUGAGGAGACAAGAAAAGACACCCAAAAUCACGUCCAUGACACAAUCUCUGAAUUGGUUGCAAUUCACCAAGUUGCAAAAUACAUACCGCAAGAAAACACAUUAAAAAAGGGCAUAGUCUUGAGCAAUAAAGAGAAUAAUGUACAGAAGUUAGUAGCAGAAUACUGUCAAAUACUCUCGUCACAGGAUUUUCCAGGUCCCGCUGGUGCAUCCACGAGGUUCCUCCAGAAAGCGGGCAGUAGCAAGGAAUACCACGUCUGUUAUGAAACAGUAUGCGCCCGCAUAAAGAGAUCCCUCGUCGAUAGUCUGGUUAAAGAGCAAUUCGGAGACGAAGCAGCCCGAAUUAUCAACAUUGUUCUUGAAAAGGGCAAACUAGAAGAGAAACACAUAUCAACAAUCGGUCUCCUUUCUAUGAAAGAAACGAGAGAAACUAUUGGUAAAUUACAAACCAGUGGCUUACUUCAGUUACAAGAAGUGCCAAAAUCAGCAGAUAGAGCCGUUCAUCGUACUUUCUACCUCUGGUAUGUUGACCUCCCCAAGGCAUACUUAGGAUUAUCAGCCAAGCUUUACAAGACAAUCGCAAAUCUCAUCGAAAGAAAGCAACGGGAGAGGAAGAUCAGAGCAGACGUGCUAGCAAGAGCUGACAGGAAAGAUGUCCGUGAAGACUCGUCUUUGCUUGCAAAAUCUGAUAAAGACAGAUUGGAAGAGCUGAAACAUAUAAUUGAAUUGCUUGAUGUUGCUAUUCUUCGUAGUGACGCUGCCACCUUCGUAUUGAGGGAUUUGCCAGGUGGACCUAGUUCCCAAUUCAGUAUUGGGGAGUGAAUAUAGAUUAAUUUAUGAUUAUUAGUACAACAACGAUGAUAUUUUAUAUUGCAAUGAAUAAGAGAUUGACUGCAGAUGGAUGUAUUGUCACCUUUAGUCGUCUUGUCCGCCGUGGUAGAUCUCCUGGCCUUUCGAUUCAAAGCGGCUGUU